AUGCCUCCAAUCCGCUCUCCUGGAAGAGGCUCAGAGUCACCACCGCACCCAAAAUGCGUUGUCUGUAGAAUCUAUGGCCUCCAAUCCAGCCAUAACAAAGACCAUGGAAUCCUUCCAGAACUUCAAUCAGACCCUCGCGACCCUUCGUUUGUUAAUCAUUCUGCUUCGAUUGUGAGCUCCUUUGAUCUGGAGAAUCUUAUGGAGGAGGCUGGUCAACGAGAUGUUGCUUCCCUAGCAGAUGUGACUCUUUCAUUGAAAUCAGUGUUAUCAUCUAUUCUUCUAUCUCCAUCAUAUUCUCCUGUAGAGCGUUCUACUAUCCUGCAUGAUACCCGUACCUCUCUUAUCAACCAAUACCGUAUUCAUGGAAGUGAACUGGAUCAUAUCAUGAGCCAACCUUUCAACUCUUUGGAUGAUCUGACCCCAUUGGAAUACGAAAUCAUGCACUGGGACCCGAUUUGGACAGGGAUGACCGAGGCUGGAUCACACGCGUCCGGGAUGGAGAUGCUGUGGUCUUUGAUUGAGCACUGGAAGCCUCAUAGAGCCCAUGGAACUGCUAACCAAUCUCACGAGCUACGGGACACGUCUGAAGGAGAGAGACCGGAUCCACGUUGCGAAUUCGUCGAUAUUGUGCGAAGAACGUGUGUGCGGAGGCUGACUUCGGUCACUUCUCAGUCUGCUAGGCAGGAAGAAGAUAGCGCGAACACUCUUUUGCAGCGUUUAACUCAGUUAAUCUGGUCUCGGGGAAUUGACGAGGAGAAUAGUCAAUACUUAAAUCUCCAACGCCCUACGUCUAUCGGUGCCGAAGAUUAUAGUGUAUCGGUGGCUUACGAUGCGAACACUCUUGACGUCGCUACCAAGGGGGAAAGUUCUAUUCGUUCCCAGAAACGGUCGUGGUAUGCAGGUGAAGACGAUAACGUGAACUUUACGGCCCUCGUCUCUGUUAAUGACUUUGCGAAAAUGUUUCGGAAUGGUACGAUGGGAAAAUACACUCUAGAUCCGGACCACUUACACGAACAUGCCACAUCUAAUUCUACAUCGCAAUCGAUUAUCAGAAUUGGCAAUCUUUCCGCAUCACCACGCUUAUUACUCGUGGACUUCCUUGCUGCGCAUCGAGCUUGGACCUUAGCGAUUGGAAGGGAUGAACUCGAGUUGAUGGUUCACGACAGGGACGAAACCGUUAAGUCUGCUCCCGGUUCCGAAUUGUCUUCCUGCACGAAAGCCACCACGAGCAUCGAAAGUAGGAUACAAGCGGAAGUCCGACUUAUUUCUCCACCGGCGGCGGAUGCAGUCACAAAAGAUGCCAUCGCAGAAUAUGUUUUCACGUUUCCAGAGAUAUGCGUCGUACCAAUUGGAUCCGAUAAACCCGAACGAUCCAAACUCCGGAACGCCGCACGGAUUGCACCGUGCUUUGAGCCUGUCCAAUCUGAAGCAUCUGCUUCAUGCCAUCCCAGUACGCCUGUCGUACAGUUUGAUGAUUCUCGCCUCUUGCAUGGAGAAGAGCUCCUGCUUGAACUACGCGUAAAAAUACGAUCUCGCUAUCCAGAGCUAGAAGAGAGUGCGACGAAGAUUCAGCCUCCUAUGAUUGAUACACCCUUCGCUUUCUCCGAAGCAGAUCACAUUGGUGCAAAUAGUUCUACGUGGAGUGAAAUCUCAGCCCCAGCUAAGUUCCAGUCUUCAUUAGGAGUUGUGUCGCUAGCAAGUUCGGAUGUAGUCUCCGGUCCCCCAAACUCCUCACUUGGAGGGACAGAAUCAUCGUGGAUCAAUGCCGACUAA